AACUAUUUAUAAUUCAUUUUCAUACACGCCUGCCAUCCCAUUCCACCUCCUCUUACUAUAUAUACAUUGAACAUCCAUUCAAUUCAACACCACACUUCAUUUCAUAUUUCCACACCUCUUUCUCUCAAACAGGAAAAUGGACGGAAUUAGCUCCGCCGACGAAAGCAGCACCACAAACUCCCUCUCAAUGACGCUUCCCUCUCCGCCUCCACCCGAGAACGGCAUCGAGGCGGAGUCGAGGAAGCUCCCUUCCUCCCGCUUCAAAGGCGUGGUGCCCCAGCCCAACGGCCGCUGGGGCGCCCAGAUAUACGAGAAGCACCAGCGCGUGUGGCUCGGCACCUUCAACGAGGAGGCCGAAGCCGCCCGCGCCUACGACACCGCCGCCCAGCGCUUCCGCGGCCGCGACGCCGUCACCAACUUCAAGCCCGACGAGGACGCCGCCGAGGCCGCCUUCCUCGCCUCGCACUCCAAGGCCGAGAUCGUCGACAUGCUCAGAAAGCACACCUACAACGACGAGCUCGCCCAGAGCCGCCGCAGCUUCAGCAGCGGCGGCAGCCCCCCGAGCCGAAACCUCUUCGCUGCCAGGGCGGCGGCCAAGGCCCGUGAGCAGUUAUUCGAGAAGGCGGUGACGCCGAGCGACGUCGGGAAGCUGAACCGGCUGGUGAUACCAAAACAGCACGCGGAGAAACACUUCCCUUUCCAGAACGGAAACAGUAGUAGUAAAGGAGUGUUGCUGAAUUUGGAAGAUGGGAACGGGAAAGUGUGGAGAUUCCGGUAUUCGUAUUGGAAUAGCAGCCAGAGCUAUGUGCUGACGAAGGGGUGGAGCCGGUUCGUGAAGGAGAAGGAGCUGCGGGCCGGGGAUGUGGUGAGUUUUGAGCGGUCCACGGGGCCGGAUAAGCAGCUGUACAUUGAUUGGAAAGUGAGGGGCGGUUCGAACAUGGUGAGGUUGUUUGGGGUGAAUAUAUUUGAGUGUGGUAGUGGGAAGAGGAUGAGGGAGAGGGAGAUGGAGAUUAUGGGGUUGGAUUGUGCUAAGAAACAAAGGAUUAUUAAUGUUUUGUAACAAUUAGUGUUGAAGCAAUGUGGUUGGGAAAGGGAUUGAGAUGGGGAUGUUAAUUGCAACUUGCAAUUGUACAGUAAAAUAGACAAAAAGAAAAAGGAAGACCAGCUCAACCUUUUUAGGUUUUGAUCAUAUGGGAAUACAAUUACAAACAACUGUCAUUUUUACUA